UUGUGAAUGUCACUCUGCCAAAAAAUCUCAUAAGUGACACAGCAUUACAUGGUUAUAACAACAAAACCGGUAAAGUUCAAUAAAAAUCUGUGCUAAAAAUGUUUCGUAACCAAUACGACAGUGAUGUAACCGUUUGGAGCCCCCAGGGCCGUCUCCACCAGGUGGAAUAUGCCAUGGAGGCUGUAAAUUUGGGUUCUGCCACCGUGGGUCUCAAAAGCAAGACUCACGCCGUUCUCAUCGCUCUCAAAAGAGCCUCAUCUGAAUUAUCAGCCUAUCAGAAGAAAAUCAUUAACAUCGACGACCACAUCGGAAUUACCAUCUCAGGUCUCACAGCUGACGCUAGAAUUCUCAGCCGUUAUAUGCGGACUGAAUGCCUCAAUUACAAGUAUUCGCACGACACCCAUUUGCCCCUAAACCGCCUUAUCAGUCAGCUAGGUAACAAAAUGCAGUUGUGCACUCAAAGAUACGACCGUAGGCCCUACGGCGUUGGACUUCUUGUGGCGGGGUAUGACGAUCAAGGGGCCCACAUCUACCAAACCUGCCCCUCCGCUAAUUUUUACGAUUGCAAGGCUAUGUCGAUUGGGGCACGCUCUCAGAGUGCUAGGACCUACCUGGAGAAACACUUGGAAGAAUUGUCUUCAUGUUCUCUAGAAGAACUGAUUAAACAUGGCUUGAGGGCUCUUAGGGACACUUUGCCUCCUGAAGUUGAUUUAACUAUUAAAAAUGUUUCCAUUGGUUAUGUUGGUAAAGGACAAAGUUUCAAGAUUUUGGUUGACGAUGAAACUGGGCCUUAUUUGGCGAUGAUCCAAGGUGAAGAGAGAAGAGGUGGUGCAUCCCAAGAACCACCACCAGGUCCACUCAGGGAUGAAGCGGGGGACCAAGACCAAGGCCCCAGGGAUCCGGUUCCAGCGGUAGCAAUGGAUACGGAAUAAGGAUAAAGGGGCCUUUUCAUCUUUCCAUAAAGAAUUCUGUUUUACCUCUAAGGAAUUGGAUUGGUUUUGUGCCGUGGCUGUCUUAAUUGAGWCAGCCACGGCACAAUAUUUUGCAGGAAUUACUAAACUGUAUUCUCUUUUAUUAAAUAAUCAAUAAACGAAAUAAUUUUUCAA